ACCAUGUUGCCCAGGCGGGUCUUGAACUCCUGGACUCAAGCAAGCUGCCUGCCUUGGCCUCCCAAAGUGUUGGGAUUACAGGCAUGAGCUAAUGUGCCCAGUCUAUUUUUUAUAAACCAAAUCCUCACCAAGGUUGCCUUUCUGCCAUUCUUCCUCUACUUGUUCAUUCUUCAUUUCUUUCUCUCAACAAAUAUUAGAAACUGUUGUAAACCUAGCUCUCUGGAAAUCACUGCAAUACCCAGGGUGUAACUGGUGUGGAAGGAAAUUCCUCUAUGCGACAGCCAUCAGAAGACCCUUGUGCAAUAUAGGCAGUAGAUAGGCAGAAAUAUGUGAAUGUGAUUUUUUUUUAAUGUCUGUCUUCCCCAGAAGAUUAUAAUUAAUCAUCUUGAUAUUAUACUCUAUCAAGAAUAACCAAGACAGAACCUCCUGGGGAAGACAGAUACAUAAAAGAUAAUAAUACAAUACAAAUGACCAUAAUGUGCGCACAAAAUGUUAUGGAAGUAUAUUUAUGCCUGAGGGACUAAGGAUUGGUACGAAUUAGCUUCUGAAUUAUUAUUUUUUCAAAUUAAUAGCAAUUUACCAGUUAAAUAGAGAGGAUCCCCAAAUUAGAAGAUAUAGUCUACUCAGAGAAAACAGAAGGAGCAAAGUCAAGUAUGGAGCAUAGGAGAGAACUGAAUGUCUGGCAACUAUUUUCUAUAGUUGUAAUAAAUGUGGUAGAAUAUCAGUACUAGAAGAGGAGGGAGAGAGAUCAAGCUGGGCAGUUAGUAAAUAUUGCGUACCUCCCAUGCGACAGGCAGUAUUCUAGAUAUUUUGUGCAUAUUUUGUCUAAGAACGCUCAGACAAACCCAGUUUUAGAGGUGACACAAGUGAGGCUGUUGAAUAUGAGGCCAUUUGUCCAAGGUCAUGUCGUGAGCAUAUAUCAGAAUUGGUGCUUAGAGCCAAGUUUUCCCGUUCAAAACCCACCUUCUCUUCACCUCUAAGAUGCAAUUAAAUGGGAAACCACUUAGGGAUCUUCUCAUUUAUUGGGGCUUAAUUAACUUCUCUGCUUGAAGAUAAAUCUUUGGGAUUCUGUUCUCUGUUGUCUCAGAAACAGAUGUUCUACAAAAUGUAUUUUAACUUCCUUUGGUGUUUUUCAAAAGUAAAUGCCACCUCUCCAUAGAAGUAGAAGAUUCUUCUCUAUGAACUUCAUGCUUUCUUUUGUUUUUCAUUUUUACCCAUUCAUGCAUCUUUGCUGUGGUCCACUCUUUGCCCUGAAAUGGGGGCAGAUAGAGGAUCUUUUUCUUAGAGUCCUUCUGUUUGCUGUUAUCAUCGCCUUUCUCAGGCCUUCAGCAAGGGGACUGGUUGUCUCGGUUAUCUGUCAUUCUGAAGGGAGGGAGUCAGAGCCCUGGAGACUUCCUUGAAGAGAAUGGCAUCCUGGCAAGUUGCAGAAUGACACUGUCCUGGUGGCCAGCUUUCUCCACCCAUCCUCAUUGCCUCAGCCUGUGUGCCUGACACGAAGUGUGGCUGACUCUGACUUCAUUUCUGGUGCCUCCUCCAGGGAAAAUCCUGCUGUCCCCAAAGGAAAUGCCCUGCCACACUCAAGGCGGUUAUGGCAUUGUCCUUGAGGCUCAUGACCUUCAGUAGGGCCAGGGGUUCCCAACCUCUGCUUCCAAUCUGCCCUAAAGCACCCCUCUUCCUGUCAUACAGUCUCCUCCAAAUCAGGCACGAACAAUUCUCUAGACCAGAAAUCAGCAACCAAUUUUUAUGAGGGGUCAGAUAGGAUAUAUUUUAGGCUUUGUUGGUCAUACUGUGUCUGUUACAACGACUCAACUCUGCCAUGGUAACAUGAAAGCAGCCAGAGACAAUAUGUAAAUGAAUGGCUGUGGCUGUGUUCCAAUAAAACUUUAUUUAUAGCCUCUGAUAUUUGAAUUUCAAAUAAUUCGCACAAUUCUUUUAGUUUGUUCCAAACAUUUAAAAAUGUAAAAACCAUUCUUAGCUCACAGGCUACACAAAAACUGGCAGCAGGGCUGGAGUUUGCCCACUCCUGCUCUGGGGAGUUCACUGUGGUGCUGCUUUUUCUGCAGAGUAAAUUUGGAUCUGACUAUUAGAGUCUCCAAGCUGGCUUUCUUUCUGUAGCAUCUCCAUUCCAGAGCAGCUUUUCCUAGCUCCUAGUGAUCAUGCAGCUUCUGCCUGUUGACUUUGACUUCAGUUUUCUCCCGUGUUCAUACUGUCCUUCCCCCUGUGAUCUAGGAAGGUAUGUAGGUGUAAGUCCUGUUAGGAAGCCGUUAUCUAAUCUACAGGUAUGAACAGUAAUGGCACAUAUUUUGGUUAUGAGUCACCCAGUGGACUGUGGAUUUAAUGAACCGUAUCCAUCCCCAUCAUGAUGUACAACACCAAGUCUCCUCACUACACUUGUGUUCUGAUUAGCAGCCAAAUAGACGACAGUCAGAACUUCAGCUAAGGUACAAUAAGCUUUUGCGGUGACGUGGCACCUGGUCUCUUUCUACAAGGAAAGUUCAACACACAGGACAGUUCUCGAUACAUUGGAUUGGUUUGAUGAUCCCACCUGCAACAGGUGGAGCUGGUAGCUUGGGCAGCCUGACAGCUGGUCCACUCCUCUGUCCUAUGCCGGGAUCAUCAUGACCGUAGAGAUUGCAUCCCUCUUUUGCAUCCUUGUUACAUAACUCAGUUCCUGGUAGAUUACUAUGUCAGAGGGUCACAAUGACCUUGCACAAUAACAGUUCCACCUCGCCUUUGUUUCCAAACAUCAGCUCUUCCUGGAUACACAGCCCCUCCGAUGCAGGGCUGCCCCCGGGAACCGCCACUCAUUUCGGCAGCUACAAUGUUUCUCGAGCAGCUGGGAAUUUCUCCUCUCCUGACGAUACCACCGAUGACCCUCUGGGAGGUCACACAGUCUGGCAGGUGGUCUUCAUUGCUUUCUUAACGGGCAUCCUGGCCUUGGUGACCAUCAUCGGCAACAUCCUGGUUAUUGUGUCAUUUAAGGUCAACAAGCAGCUGAAGACUGUCAACAACUACUUCCUCUUAAGCCUGGCCUGUGCCGAUCUGAUUAUUGGAGUCAUUUCCAUGAAUCUGUUUACGACCUACAUCAUCAUGAAUCGCUGGGCUUUAGGGAACUUGGCCUGUGACCUCUGGCUUGCCAUUGACUACGUGGCCAGCAAUGCCUCUGUUAUGAAUCUCCUGGUCAUUAGCUUUGACAGAUACUUUUCCAUCACGAGGCCGCUCACCUACCGAGCCAAACGAACAACAAAGAGAGCUGGUGUGAUGAUCGGUCUGGCUUGGGUCAUCUCCUUUGUCCUUUGGGCCCCUGCCAUCUUGUUCUGGCAAUACUUUGUUGGAAAGAGAACUGUGCCACCAGGAGAGUGUUUCAUUCAGUUCCUCAGUGAGCCCACCAUUACUUUUGGCACAGCCAUUGCUGCUUUUUAUAUGCCUGUCACCAUUAUGACUAUUUUAUACUGGAGAAUCUAUAAGGAAACUGAAAAGCGUACCAAAGAGCUUGCUGGGCUGCAAGCCUCUGGGACAGAGGCAGAGACAGAAAACUUUGUCCACCCCACAGGCAGUUCUCGAAGCUGCAGCAGUUAUGAGCUUCAACAGCAAAGCAUGAAACGCUCCAACAGGAGGAAGUAUGGCCGCUGCCACUUCUGGUUCACAACCAAGAGCUGGAAACCCAGCUCCGAGCAGAUGGACCAAGACCACAGCAGCAGCGACAGCUGGAACAACAACGAUGCUGCUGCCUCCCUGGAGAACUCCGCCUCCUCCGACGAGGAGGACAUUGGCUCCGAGACGAGAGCCAUCUACUCCAUCGUGCUCAAGCUUCCGGGUCACAGCACCAUCCUCAACUCCACCAAGUUACCCUCAUCGGACAACCUGCAGGUGCCUGAGGAGGAGCUGGGGAUGGUGGACUUGGAGAGGAAAGCCAGCAAGCUACAGACCCAGAAGAGCGUGGACGAUGGAGGCAGUUUUCCAAAAAGCUUCUCCAAGCUUCCCAUUCAGUUAGAGUCAGCCGUGGACGCAGCCAAGACUUCCGAUGUCAACGCUUCAGUGGGUAAGACCACGGCCACUCUACCUCUGUCCUUCAAAGAAGCCACUCUGGCCAAGAGGUUUGCUCUGAAGACCAGAAGUCAGAUCACUAAGCGGAAAAGGAUGUCCCUCGUCAAGGAGAAGAAAGCAGCCCAGACCCUCAGUGCGAUCUUGCUUGCCUUCAUCAUCACGUGGACCCCGUACAAUAUCAUGGUUCUGGUGAACACCUUUUGUGACAGCUGCAUACCCAAAACCUUUUGGAAUCUGGGCUACUGGCUGUGCUACAUCAACAGCACCGUGAACCCCGUGUGCUAUGCCCUGUGCAACAAAACAUUCAGAACCACGUUCAAGAUGCUGCUCCUGUGCCAGUGUGACAAAAAGAAGAGGCGCAAACAGCAGUACCAGCAGAGACAGUCAGUCAUUUUCCACAAGCGCGCGCCUGAGCAGGCCUUGUAGAGUGAGGUUUUAUCAAUAGCGGUGACAAAACGCACACAUCAACCCACAGACCUUAGGAGGAGAAAGGUGAGGGUGGGGGUGAUUUCUGGUGAUGAUAAAGUGGUGUUAUCACCCAGAUGUGAAAGAAGCUGCCUGUUUACGGAUCCAUUGAAUAAACCCGUUUUAAUAGAAAAAAUUACCAAUUCAGCAAAAAACAAAAACACGACUGAACAUAAAGAAAUUUGUUCUGAAAUAGACUUCACAUGUUUUUUUUCUUAAAGAGGAGAAAAAAUAUUGCUUCACAGCAAUUAUAUACCCAAAUCGAUUUGCCUGGGUCUUUUAAUGCCCAUUAGCUUUGGAAUCUCAGAUGAGCAUAGCUGGCCCAGUUCCCACAUUCUUCCCAAGGAUCCCAAAAGUGGGAAUCCAGACCCCACGUGGAACACUGCAGGCUAACGAAUCUGUGGUUCCAAAAUUAUUUCAUAUGUUGCAAAGCUGAAUCUUCUUGUCCCAAUAGAGCUUUCUGUCUUUUCUUUGGUGUGUCGUUAAACUCUAUUUGUGGACUUGAUUCUUGAUUCUUGCAGAGUACUGUUUCGUGCAGUUCAAGUUUUGUACAAAUAAAAAUACUUAAGUAUAUAUAUGUGUGAGUUCUGCACGCACACACAUAGUGUAUAUAAUAUAAUGGGAAACACUGAACUGGCAAAUUCUUCCUGCAAUGUACACUUUCAGUACUUUGGUAACUGAGGUUCUCUAGGAUCCCAAUGCAGCAUAAACGUGAAAUCAGCCCAGUAUAACAUUUUUGAAAGUGGGGCUGUUUCCCACAGAGAGCGGCCAGGCCUUCCCAGCAGGUCUGUGCAGUGUGGACGGGCUCCUGAGUCCGCUGAGCACCGCAGCUUCACCGGGCUCGGUGUUAAGCAAUCUCCUUUGUUGAUGCCUCAACAGAGCUAAAUCGGGGCCCCCUGAGCUCAAAGAACGAACCACAUCCACACGUUUGAAUUCAAUCAUCUAAAUCUGAAUGUUUCAAAACAAAAUUUCUGCUAUCUAAACUGCUUGAAACUCAAUAAUAGUGUCACGUUUGAAUGUCACACACAGCAAUAUAUAUAUAGGCCAUAUAUAUAUAUAUAUAUAUAUAUAUGGCAAAGUGAAAGUGAAAAAACAGAAACCGUGGUAAGAGAGAAUGAGGGAGAACAGUGUGUUUGAUUCUUGCUGAACGGCACCUUGUAAAGAAAAUAGGGCUUGCACCUUUGUUGCUCAGCUGUGGCCAGUGCUUUCUGGUGUUCAUCGUGUAAACUUCACCCAGGAAUAGGUGAGGUUUAGGAAGUUACAUGUCCUCUGAAGAGAGAAUUACAUUUGGAAAAGAAAUGCUUCAAAUUGAUUUUCUUACCUUUUGGUAAAAAAAAAAAAAAAAAAAUUUGCAUUCUCCUUCAAAUUGACCAAAAUGUUGACUGUUUUAUUUGGGGAGGGGAUGGGGUGCUGCCAUCAUUGUCCUUGUUGCUGCUGUGGUUGUUGGGGUUUCUUUUCCUUUUGCCGGGGCUGUUUGGGGAGGGGGAGGGGAGGGAGGGGAGGGGAGGGAGGGGAGGGCGGUGGAGAUAUUCCCUUUGUACAGGGCAUUCGUGCUGUGAACCCAGAGCUGGGUAGAAGCUGCUUUUGUAUUCAGUGUGAGGUGGUGUUUACAGGCGACUUUGACCACAGUGGAUGUGUACUCAGUGGUGUCUGUGUAUCUGAACUAUUUAAUUUCGUGUUAUGUUUAUAUGCAGAAAUAUUUAUGGAUACUACACCAAGUGUUUAUUUAAUGUUGAUAAAUAUUACUCUUCCGUCUUCAGUCCUGGUGUCCUUUGAAAGUGAUUCUUUAAAGUCCACUUGAGCAAUGAAUAGAAUACAUUGAGUUUUCCUGUGGCUAAGAAGCAGCAGCAUGUCAUCCUGUUGGCAUCGCCAGGUACCUAACACUUUCUAGGUAAUAAAAAGUCACCUGUCACUUCAACGUAAAUGUUUAAAAUCACUCUUUAGUUAAAUCUGAUGGGAACUGAACAAAGCAACCCUCACCAUUGUGUCUGAAAUUAUUUUACACAGGGGAAAAAAACAAUCGGCAUAAUUGUAAGAAUGAUUUUUGGGGGCCCAUAUUCAACCAAAGAACAAGAAAAAAAGACAAUUUUCUAACAUGUACAGCAAAUUGCAGAAUGUCAUAUUAUCCACCUGUGAAACGUCUAGUAAGCAAUUGCACCUGUAUUUUAUUACUCAGGUUGGUCUGGCACUAGGAAAUAUGUGAAUGCUUAUUCAGGUGUCCCAGCACUUCAGCACUUCCCAUCCUUUUGGAAACUCCUAACUUGCCUCCCUCCCAAAAGGACUGUUUCUUUUAUUAAAAUAUAUAUACAUAUAGAAUUAAAUUUGAGAAAAGGAGAAACCGUGAAAUUUAUCAGAACUUUGAGAGUCAAUUACCGUCUCCUUAAACAUGAUUAUUUCCUUAUCCUUGUCCUUUUGUGACACUAAUAAUGGCAGAAAAGGAACAAACAGAAGAUUCUAGGUCUCCUUUUUUGUUUUGCUGGUUUUAUUAUAGAAUUGUUUUUAAACCUCUUAUGGAUGAAAGCUGCAUUUAAAUCCCGUCUACUGACUUUAUAGUAAGGUAUGUCCAUUUCGUGGGUCAUUUUCGGAGAAAGAAAACAAGUAAAAGAGAUUCUUUUGAAUAUGAAGAAUUUAAAAGUAUAAUUGAAGAUGUAGUGAGUGUUUAUAAUUGGACCUCAGUUACACAUGCAUUUCUCAAAACCUUUGUCAUUAGAGGAGGUAUUCAGCAUUUACAUAUGAUCAGAAUGUCUUCAUCUCAAACUGGGAAUCGGAAUUAUUUCAUGCCAUAUGCAUGAAGCUUGCAGACAUUUCAAGAUUAGCCACUUUAAUUGAAAGACGAAAAUGAUCAAACCUAAAAUAAACUACACAUGGGAGAAUCUCUUUCUCCUCUUUCUCUCUCUCUGCCUCUCUCUCUUUCUCCUUCUCCUUCCUUCUCUCUCUCUCUCUCUCUCUCUCUCUCACAAGCACACACACACAUUCCCCCUUCUCCAGGCAUUGCCCGAUAGUUAAGAGAAGUGAGCUCUCUCUGGCCCCCUGGUUCCCUCAGCUCUGCCCUUCUUUGCCCAUCAGCUCCCUGUGGCCUCUAUCACAGUUCUCUCUAUUCUUCUAAUCCCCCUUUGUCUCUUAAACCCAGCCUUGAGUCUCUACGUGUUUUUCAUUUAUCUUUACCCUUCAGUGUACAAUCGUUGUAGAUUCUGACAGAAUGAAAGCAAAAACAAAAAGCCUAAGUGUUAGAGUCUGCAGUGGCUGAAGAUCUAGAAAGCAUAGCAGCUUCCUCUGUCAGACUUCCCGUGUUGCCCAUGGCCAGAGCUCAUGGCUCUGCAGAGCAUGGGGAGCCCUUUUCCGUAUCGAGAGGGAAGCUGGAGUGCAGAGCUCUGCUGCCAAGUUGGCUGUUUCAGCCCCGACUCAGGGAGGAAAGAAGGAUGCCAAGGCUCUGCCACAGCACAGAAGCCUAAUACUGGAGUGACACAGAGAAGGAUUCCAGGGAUCCGUCAGGGUGUGCUGUACUUAUCUGAGUAGAGAUGAUUCAAAGAUGGGGACCUAUUCCAGGAAAUUGCACAGUCUUCCCCUGGGAGCUUCAGAGGACAGGGGAAGGUAGCACAGUAUAGUCAAAGCAGCAUUGAAUUUAGGAUGAGGAACGCUGAGUUCCUGGCCCAGUUUGGUCGCUGCUUAGUUACAUGUCCUUGGGCAUGCUUGUCACUUAACCUAAACUUUCUGGGUUUUCUCCUCAUUGCUCAAACUAAGCAACACCACCAAAGCUUCUUUAAUCUGCCUUCUGAUGGCAAAUCGGUCCAAACUGAGGUCAGUAACUACCGUGAUCAAAGUAAAAUGGUCUAUUGGAUGAAUGCUUGAAAUUUUCAGAUUUUAUAUUCUUGAAGGUUAUUUACUUACUAUAGUUCAACACCACAAAAUCUAAGGAAGCCUUGAAAUUUUUUGGUAAACCCAGAGUUGUAUGGUUUCAAAUACUACUCCAACCCAGUGCCUGAGGUCUGGCAACUUUACAAAAUACAGCUUCUGGGUAGCAGGUGUGUGCUUUGGUUUUACAAUAGCAUUUCUCAUAAUGGGACUGAAACUGCAUAGAAUACAACACUCCGAAGUUACUUUUUAACCUAAACGACCCUACUUCUAGCACAUCCUCUGAAAGAAUAUUUUGCUCCCAUGCUACGUGCAAUGAACUUAUUUAAACAGUAUCAACUCCAGCCCUUAAUAGGUUCAGGGACAAUCUGACUACUUCCUUUCUACAGACUUCAGUUACACUCUCUUUUUCUCUUUCCCUGACUUUAAAUAUUCAGCCUCUCCCAGCAUUAAUGUUGUGUGAGUCAGUACUCAGACCUAAGAAGAAGAGUUCUAGAAUGGUAACCCAGUGCUCCUUAGUACUGGAGAAUUUCAUUUUCUUUUUCUGGCUUUAGCGUUCAUGUCUGGGAAAGGAGGCACAUGAUAAGAUAAUAAAAACGGAUAAAGAAGAUCUAGUUCAUAAAAUGACUAUACUCCACAUAAGUUUGUAACUGCACAAUGUUUUGUUGUAUGGCUCAAAAAAUGAGCAAGUGUUAGUAUUAAUAGGCAUGCAUUACAUUCACAGCGUCACGCACAGAUGGGCAGUGCUUUUAGGUAUAUGGAAGUCAUCCAAAUGUGUAGCUAGAACAUUAGGCUUCUGUUGGUUCUGGUAGAGCCACAGAGACUCACACAGAACUCUGGUGAGACUCACACAUACAACUUUGGUCUGGGCUGAGACCACCCCCCAAAAAAUCAUCUAGAGAACCAAAAAGGCUCACGUCUCAGUUGCAUUUUACAUAACAGGUAAAGGGGCCAUAUUUUUCACGACAAAGACGUGUUAGUAAAAUUCCCUCACCCAAAUUAUAAUCCAGUAAUCCUAACUUAAACCAAAAAGAUUAUCCCCAGAAUGUAAAAGCUUACUACUGUUCUUUCUUGAAAUCCAAAAUGCUUAGCAGUUCUGCAUUUCACAUACAAAACUCAUAACUAUUUUUGUCCUGUAUUCUGUGAGUUCCUUGAUGAUAGAAAAUUGGGUCUUAUUCAUCACUUUCAUCCCUCUGUAUCCUGUGGCUCACACAGAAUCUGGUAAAUUGCAUAUAUUCAAUAAAUGUUGUUGAAUAUCUAAUAACCUUAUUAAUUAAUGUAACAUAUUAUCAAAAUUUUGUGUACAUCAAUGUCCCAUGCUGCUACUGUAGUCAGGAGUUAUUUGGCUGGGAAAUGCAAAGUGUUCACAAAUAAGGUUAUCUAAUAAAAUAUCCCUGAGCAAUAAGGAGAAAUAUUAAAUAGACUUGAGUCGUAAACAAAUAAUUUAGAGUCCAAAAAGGAAAAAGAAAAUUAACUGUCUUUUUAUCCCUAGUUCUAGAUACUGGAUUUGUUCUAGAUACUGGAUUUGUUUGAUACUAGUUAUUGGAUUUGUUGACCAAUCCAGUAAAGUCAGAAACUUUACCGGAUUGUACAACAAAGAUAAACUUUUGAUCGUAUAAAAGAGUAAAAAUUCAUUGAAAGGAUAAUUCUUUUGAAACAGGCUUCUUGGUUGCUUGCUGUAGCAAGAGAAGCAUCUGGAGAACGUGGAGAGUUCAUAAAUAUAGUUUUCUGUACAAGUGAAGAUCUGUAGUUUGGCUUACAAAUCCUUGCAUGUAGUUUUGCUUGCUAUGGAAAGUUAUUAGGAGAGAAUCCUUUAUCCUGUUCUGCAAGCAAUCAAACACAUGCUCUCCCUUCCAUCCAUUCCUCGUCUGGUACCCGGGCAUUUCCAGCCUCCUCCAUAUAACACUUCAGACUUCCUUUGGGCAUCGCUUAGAGCUAUAUGAUGGCCACAGUUUGAGCAAGGUCCUUCUUUCUUUAAAUAUAGGAAUUGUUACCAAGUUUGGUGCAGGCUUGAGGAAUAAUUACAUUAAAAUGGGCUUCCACGUUGGUGAAUCAGCAUGCUAAUUUCUCUUGGCGGGAAGCUCUCAGGGAAAUGUCUAUGAAUCAUUUAAAGAUGCUCUCUGGUGGAUAGAGAAACCACAGUCCAAACCAGAUGGGUGUAUAUUUGCUUUGUAAGCAAAGGGCAUGUAUCAUACUCGCAUCUACAACAGUGUCCACAUCUUUGCCAAAGGCACUGAAUUUUACCUUUUUUUAUUACCUCGUGGCCAGCACUUCCUCAGUAGGCAUUUCAGGUGUGUCACAAACCAUUUUCAUUUUAAUUCUGAAAAAGUCAAUCGUCUGUACUCUGUACUAUAAAAUGAUGCCUGCAACUUUGUGGUGAAUAUUAUCCCCAAGUUAACAGUGAAAUAAGUAAAUAAAACUAUUAUUGAACAAA